AUUGCUUUCUCUCUGCUCCAACAUAUUUCAAUGGUUUGUCUACGUCUAUUGACAACUCGUAUGUUUCUCAGAGUUUCUCUCUCUUCCUGUUAAUUGAUCCAUCUUUGCUAACACCUUUGCCCCACAGUAACGCUUUUUUCCAUUUUCUUCAAUCCCACAACAUGUACAUCUCAUCAGCACCAACACCAGAAAAAUCCCCAUGUAUCCCACCAGUACGAAACUGCCAUUGAUAACGAGCCUGACGACUAUCUUGAGGCAAAAAUAAAGGUUAGAGAAGAGUUUGGCUUUCCAUCUGAUGAUAAGAAACACCACACGCUGUCUCAUUUCUAUGAGCAAGCAAUGGAAUACUUGAACAGCAUACCCCAACAAUCCUUAUCCAAUCUUAAAAAGAGAAAUUUGAUAAGAUAUGAACAAGUUGAAGAUAUCAAAUUAUUAAUACCCGAUGACUACUAUAUAACGAAAAAACAAGAAAAUAUCCAAAAGGGCUUAAAUCUAUCAACACAACAUAAAUCGGCCCUUCAAUUAUUAAAUUAUGGAGCUGUCCUAAACAAUCUAGAUUGCAUUUUCACCUUAGCAGAAAUAAAUUUUUACGGAAAUUACUCUUACCCAAUUAAUGCAACUCAAUCCUUGUUUUAUUACAAAAAAUUAUCUCAACUAGACUCAAAUGCAACUGCUUAUUAUAUGCUAGGCUAUAUCUAUAGCACAGGCUUAUUUGGCGAAAUUCCCAUAAACCAAGCAAAGGCAAACUUAUAUUUCAAUGUGGCAGGUGUCGAACUAAAUGACUUGAAAUCGUUAAUGAUAUUAGGUUACAGAUACUUUACAGGAAUAAGCGUUGAAAGAAAUUGUAAUCUUGCCCUAUACUAUUAUUCAUUGGCCUCGAAAAUAGCAUACCGCAAAUAUGUUCUACCUUUUAUACCCUAUGGCGGUCUAAAUUUAGAUAGCUAUUCAAUAAGAAUAGGCGAUUUUAAUAACUUCGACAUCUCUUCAAAAUCUUCAGCUGAUCUAUCUUCUGAUUUAUCCUCAAAUGGUAUAUCUGAGUUACCAAACUCAAUAAAUAGAAGAAUAUCAAACUAUUAUAAUAAAAACUUAUUAAAUGAAUUUAAGUUCGAUCCAAAUAAACAUAGACAUAUCCAUUACUACUAUAGUGCAAAGAGUGCCUAUGAAGGUGAUUAUUUAAAUCCAAAAAAUUUUACUGACGCCUUUAGAUUCGCUCAUAGAUGUGCAGUUGAAGGAAUUAAAAAAAAUCCAGAAUUAUUCAAUAUAAAUAAAUCAAAAAAAAUUGAUCCCAACAGUGAAAUCCUAGAAGCUUACUUUCUCGGUAAAUGUAUUUCUCUCGUUGGCCAUAUGUAUCUCAGAGGAGAAAGUGUUCCCCAGGAUUUUACCAAAGCUCUAAAAUGGCUAAAUAAAUCAAAAGAAGUCCCAGAUAUUUUUGAAACCUUUAAUGAUCUAGGUCUAAUUUAUGAAUUCGCUCUUGGUCUCGAUAAACCUGAUUUACACACUGCAAUUGAAUAUUAUAAACUAGCUUCUGAAAAACACCAAGGCGCUAGUUAUAACCUUGGUCGUGUCUAUUUAAAAUUGUAUAACAAAAAAUUAGAUACUCAAAAUCAUGAUCAAACAAUUAUUAUCUCAAAGCAAGAUGAUGAAAUUGAUGAGCCAACAAUCUUUGAACUAACAAGAAAAGCUUCUUACUCUGGAAAAGUCGAAGCAAUUUACCAGCUAGGCCAGCUUUACGAAAGUGGCUUUAACAAUAAAGAAUCUGUUGAAGAUAACGUAAUGAUUUACAAAACAUUUUUGGAAAAACUAGAACCCUUUGUCACAAGUUUAGAAUGGAGCUUCAAUCAACUUUUAGUCGGCCAUUAUGAUUUAGCAUUACUUGGUUACUCCAUGGCUGCUGAACAAGGGCUUGAAACAGCUCAAGCUUCUGCUGCCUACUUGUUAUUCAGAUUUCCCUCAAAACUUAAAAAAUUUCCUAAAAUUGAUAGUAAUAGAGUAUUAGCUGCAAUUAAUUAUCUAACUAAAUCUUCUAGACAAUUUAAUAUUGACUCUACAGUAUUGCUAGGAGAUAUGUACUAUUAUGAUUUAUUAAAUUUAAACUAUACUACAGAACAAACAGACUCUUCGGAAAUUGACAAUAGUGCAAAAGAAAAUUACAAAAAAGCUGCAGCUUGUUAUCAAGUUGCUUCAAAUAAACAAUCAAGUCAAGCUAAUUGGAAUUUAGGCUACAUGUAUGAAAAUGGCAUUGGUUUGUCUAGGGAUUAUCAUCUUGCAAAGAGAUAUUAUGAUUCAGCAUUGGUCGGCCAUCCAAAAGUAAAUAUUCCGGUUCAAUUAUCUCUUCUCAGAUUAAGUAUAAAAAGUUAUUUAAAAAGCCUUUUUGGUAGAAACCCAGGGGAAGAAUUUGCUUAUUUAAAUGAAAAAGAUUACGAGACAAAAAGAACCUGGAGAGAUUGGGUAAAUCUAAUUUACAGAACUCGGGGAGUUGAAUCUCCAAGACACACCAAUGACGCAAAUGAUGGUGCCCAAACUGCAAACCCCACUUUGAAUAAUGAUAAUGGAAACCCUACUUCAGAUUCAUUUAAUGUUUUUUUGAAUAAUGAUAAUACCGAUGAAGAUGAAUUAGAAGAUUAUGAAAAUCUCAUUGUAUUUGGCUUUGUCGUUAUAGUAUUUGCUAUUGCAUAUUUACUACAUUACAUUUCACAAAGAAGAAUCAGAAGAGAAGCAGAACGUCGUCAAAAUCAUAACAAUAACAAUGAAAAUAACAACGAUAAUCGUCCUAUACCACCUCCAUUUGUUCGUCCUCAGCCCAAUUUUCAAUUUCAUUUUAUGGUUUUACCUUUGUAAAAAUACAAAAAUUAUUUGUUUAUCAUUUUAUUUUACUUUACUUAAUAUUUUUUUUUAUUAUGGAUUUCCAAUUUUCUCUAAUCAAACCUUUUACUUCUAAUAAAACAGAAAAAAAUCUCUCAGACCCAAAUUGAAAUUAAAAGAGAAGAAAUAAAUAAGUAAAAUUAAUGUCCAACUAGUUUAAUAGAUGCAAAAAUUUGCAAGGUGCAUAAAAAACUGGUUUUCUUAAUUUAAUAAUUGAUCUAAAUAUUUUUGGAAUGAUUGUAUAUCAUCAUAGAGUAAAUAUGUUAUGUUAUUCAUUCCUACAAUUAGUAAUACGUACCUAAAAUGUUUUAAAAAAAUUAAAAAAGCCAAAAAUCUCUGACUACAAAUAACUGAAUAAUUCAAGUCAAUACUCAUUUGCUAACAAUCUUCAUUUUUUAAAAUAAAUAAUUCAAUUGAAAAUAUCUACUCAAAAAAUAAUAAAAACCUUUUUUUUACUCUUGUU